AUGUCCACAGCUUCGGUUUCAGUGUCAGUAGUUUCUCAACUCUCGGUCUCCAAGCCAGACCCCAAUCUAAAGCAAAUAAAGAGUGCUAAGAUAGAAAGAGGCUUGUCUGAUAUCUACGGUGAAAAUAUAAGACUCACUACUUACACUAGUGAUGCCGACGUUGAUCCAAUCAAAACUGAUUGGUACAACGCAGAUCCUAAGAAGAGAGGACCUGUUGUUCCCUCCAAGUUUAAAAAUGGCCUCGGCAAACACAACGCCAUUGGUGCUCACGGAGGUCCAUAUUCUAUUUACCAUGCUCUAAGUAUUGGUACCAGACAACUCGAUUCUAAUCACAUUGCUGAUUACACCAGUGGCUUUCCGUCUUUUGAUUUUCCUCAGGUUCCUGAAUGGUCUGAGCCUGGUAAAAUUGUCUCAUUGGAUCCGUUCGGUCAUAUGACUCCUUGGCUAUACAACAGUAUUGGGAAGAAAGAAGGCGUGGAAGUCAGACCUUCUAUGGCUAUUACCAAAGCUGUUCUUUCUAUCCCCGAAAUCAGGGGGGAAGUUCAAAAGGGCAAUCUCAAGCCAGAUGGAAAAGUUGUCUUGAACGAAGAUGGCGAUAUGGCCUGUACCAAGGUUGCCGUUGAUCCAGUUUGGUACUUACCAGGUGUUGCCGAGAGGCUUGGAAUUAGUGAGGCUGAUUUGAGAAGGGCUUUGUUUGAAGACACUAACGGCAUGUACCCUGAAUUGGUGACGAGACCAGAUAUUAAGGUAUUCUGUCCACCCAUCGGCGGGUGUACUGCUUAUAUCUUUGGUAAUCCAGCAAAUCUACAUAAGGAAGAUAAGAGACUUUCCGUGAGAGUUCACGAUGAAUGUUGCAGUUCGGACGUGUUUCUUUCCGACAUAUGCUCCUGUAGAUGUUACUUAAUCUUUGGUUUAGUUGAGGCAGCUAGGGAGGCUCAAAAUGGUGGUAAUGGAAUGAUUUGUUAUUUCAGGAAGGAGGGUAGAUGCCUUGGAGAGGUUACCAAAUAUAUGGUUUACAACGCCAGAAAGAGAUGCGGCGACACCGCCGAUAACUACUUCCCAAGAACAGAAUGCAUUGCCGGUGUCAAGGACGCUAGAUUCCAAGAAUUGAUGCCAGAUAUUCUCCAUUGGUUUGGAAUCAAAACAAUUGAUCGCAUGCUUUCUAUGAGUAACCUGAAGUAUGAUGCUAUUAUUAAAUCUGGUAUCGAUAUUAAGGAGAGGGUCGAGAUUCCAGAUUAUCUUUUGCCUGCAGACUGUCGGGUUGAAAUCGAUGCCAAAAUUGCAUCUGGCUACUUUACUAACGGCCACCGCUAUACGGACGAGGAAUUGAAGAAGGUGGAAGGUCGACAAUGGCAGAACAUUUAA